GAGAUCGACCCAUGAUUUCAUAUAAAUACCUGGUGUGUCCGUUCAGAUUUGAGACAACAACAAACACGAAAAGCAUCACUUGCCAACAUAUCACACAUCAUUCUAAAGCGUUCCAAACUUAAGCUAAGUAAGGAAGAGAAGAUGUCACUGAUCCCAAGUGUCUUCGGUGGUCGAAGGAGCAACGUAUUCGACCCUUUCUCCUCUCUUGACGUAUGGGACCCUUUCAAGGAUUUUUCUUUCCCCUCUUCACUUUCUGCUGAAAAUUCUGCGUUUGUGAACACUCGAGUGGAUUGGAAAGAGACCCCAGAAGCACACGUGUUCAAGGCUGAUAUUCCAGGUCUGAAGAAGGAGCAAGUGAAGGUAGAGAUUGAAGAUGACAACAUUCUUCAGAUAAGUGGAGAGAGGAACGUUGAGAAAGAAGAUAACAACGAUAAGUGGCAUCGCGUGGAGCGUAGCACUGGUAAGUUCUUCAGGAAGUUCAGACUGCCAGAAAAUGCUAAAGUGGAUCUAGUUAAGGCUUCUAUGGAAAAUGGGGUUCUCACUGUUACCGUUCCCAAGGAAGAGGUUAAGAAACCUGAUGUUAAGACCGUGCAAAUCUCUGGUUGAAAACCCACAUAUAUAAUUAAAUCAUUUGUUUUGCUUUGUAGAAGAAUAUUGUGUCUGGUGUGUCUAAAACUAAGAUUCUGGUGUGUGUCUACAUAAUAUCGUAUGUACCUUAAAUUUUAAGGAAGAUCCUACUGUUUGGGUUGUAAUCGUUAAUUUUUCUGGUUUGUGAUAUUUGUGUGCAAGGAGUCUUAAAUGUGAUGUAACAAAAAAAAGAGAAUGUAGUCUGAAAUGUAAUUGGAUUAUUGCAUCUGUUUUUUUGCUUAGACA